AUGGCGUCAAAGGAAGUACAGCCGACCGGAAGACAGGUCGACGAAUAUCUUUACGAACCUCCCUCGGUGUCCAGCAUUCAAGACCUCAAGGACAUGUACAACCAGCUCAAAGACACAAUUCUCGUGUCGAUCGACUUUGAGUGUGUUGACCACCUUUCCUUCGCAUCGUACUACGAGCGGCUGUCCGAAGUUGGCAUGUCCUGGUACGACCCCCGAGACCACCGCUCGCCGUCACGCAAGUUCACUGUCGAGAAAGCGCUUCCCAAGAUCCGCUCUGUACAUUGCAUCAUGCGCAAGUACAAGAACUUCACGGCCGACAGUUGCUUCGUACACCAGACGGUCGAGGCAAAGUCCCACAAGGCAAUGCCCUACAGCUGCUACUUUGCCAAGAGCUACUUCUGCAACAGGGAGAAGGCAAUGGCUAUCAUCACGAACAAGAUGAAGUGGCUGUCGACAAGGCGUCUUUCCCGGAAGGAAACGGCGGCGGGCAAGAAGCGCAAAGUCAUCGUUCUGUACUGGGACGCCCGACUGGAGACCUCGGUCUUCCGCGAGGCCGGCGUGGACAUCACCGCCCAUGGCGCAGAGCAGUGGGACUUCCAACUCCUCAGGCUUUUCCAUAUGCGGUUUCGCAGACCGAGAAACAAGGCCGAGGAAAUGCUCUACUCGCUCGGUGUCUCGUUGGCGUCCGCCUCCUCCGACUUUGGCAGCAAGGGGUUUGCCUGGCACAACGCGACCAACGACUGCUGGGCAACGGUGGCGGGGCUUCUUCAGAUUCUUUCCAUGGCUCAGCAAACAUGGAAGUGGAAGCGCUGGUUGGAAGAGGAAAAGUCGGACGACGAGUGGGAAAUGAUCUUGUGGGACAACAAUUCGAAGGAGAGGCGGGCAGGUACGGACCUUGAAGCUCUGGACAUGAGCUGGCUGGACGCGAGGAAGUUUAAGAGGAACGCUGCGUUGUCGCCGCCGCCUGAGAAGUGGCCGAAGGAUUCCUCGGGCCAGAGGAAUUCCAGGAGAUACGAGGUCGACGACUGUAUAUGUGCCCUUGAUUAUGGGGAGAUCACAUAG